GAUGUUAUAUUAUCAUAAGGUACACAUACAUCACAUUUACCGAAUUGAUAUAACGUUUUGUGGGGCCUGUUUAAGGUCAGGUAAUAGGUCGGCUUAAGUGUUAUGUUUUUAAAUAUCCAGGCAACUACGACACAGUGGAUAGUCUAAUCGGUCGGUCUAUUUCUUAAUACUUUGGGCUUCCCAUAUAGUGAGUGUGUAUAUAGAGAUCAUAUACACAUACAUGGAUGUCUACGUGUUACGCUAGUGUAUGUGAACAAGUCAGGUAACAUUUGAAAUUUGUCAACUAUACAAACCAAAAGUAUUGAGCAUGGUAAGCAAAGGCGAUGUUACUGAGCUGAAGUCUCUCAGUAAUCCUCCGCAACACGUCAAACAGGUCCUUACAGCUACAGUGACACUGCUUGGGGAGGAAAACGCAGAGGAUUACAGAUAUGUUAAAAGAGCAUUGGGUGACUCCACAUUUUUGCAAAGUUUAGCAAAAAUAGAUGUCGGUUCUAUUCCUCCUGAGGUGGCUGCGAAGGCACGUGGUUACAUUGAUGGUAUCUCAGAGGAUCAAAUCCGCAAUGUUAGUAAGGCGGCAUGUUCCCUCUUCCGUUGGAUACAUGAAAUAUUAGCUGCAGUCGAAAAGAGAACAAGCGAUCCGAGCGCGACAGCAAAGCCACAAGCCUGAAGUUGAAAUAUUGUUAAAGCCCAAACUACUUAAGGUUCUUUAAGAAAUCAUGAAAAAAAAAAUAUUCAUAUGUUGUGCAAUACUUAUAUCACAUCUCAGAGUCAUAUCUGACUGUUUGCUUCACCGAGACUUCUUGUCUGUGUGUGCUGUGCAUCAUACAGUCCUUAUGUUCGUCUAGGACUCGUUUGUGAUGUUAUGGAAAUAAAAGGUCAAAAGUGCAGAAAUCAAGAAUGGAAGUCGGGAAACGUUAAGUGGAUCUGUACAAGUGUUAAUAUGUAGAAGUGGAGAAGCAUCAACCUCAUAAUUUAUUCAACCAUUUCUUUUUAAAUUGAAAAAACAAUAAUGCAGUUCCAGUGUCUAUAUGUUUACAAAACAAUAAAUAUGACACGUCAA